UAAAGCGCCUGCCUUAAAACCUCCCAAGCCAUCGCUUAGAACCGGUCACUUGGUCACAAAGCUGUGUGUCGCAAGUUAUUCUCGACCUUGGAAGUUACUAAAACUUUCCUUAACAUCAACAUCUAACCACCCAACCAUCCGACCGAGUCGCAAGCUCCCACGCAAGCUCUCUAGGCAACCACAAACCGAGCAAUCAUAAUAUACCUAGACGUUCGCCGAUAUGAUCAUUAUCCAUUGACUAAAUUCGUCGCCAUCGUCGAAUAAAGCUUCUCGCCUUUAACCAUUUUCAAUCACUCUAGCUUGUCCGGCAACGGCCAGCACCCAGCACCAUGCGAAGAUGGCACCGUCUGACCUAACGCCUUUGACUUCUAGUCGUCCAUUAACCAUUAAGGAGAUCUCCGACAGAGGAGAGCGGUUCUCUUUCAAUCCGGCCAUUCCGUUGACAGCUUGGUUGCGCACUGGAAAUACUCUAAGCCAAGAAGGAAGAAUAUACCUUCAAGAUGGAAACUUUGCUCAAGCUUACCUUCUUUACAUUCGAUACCUUACCUUGCUUUUAAAAUGCCUACCCUCGCAUCCCGAUGCUAAAAGCCAGGAAGGGAAACGAGCCCUGAACGAAGUUAACAAGACCGUCCCGGACAUUGUAAUAAAUCUCGAAAAAAUAAAACCCAUUAUACAACGAGAGUACGAUGAAUGGAAUGCGUCCGAAGCUAGAAGACAGCAACAACUUCGUGAGAAGAGACGGGCCGACCUCAAAUCCCCAUCGACGUACGAAGAGCAUACCGCUCAAGAUCCGGCUCUUUCAUCGUCAAAUCGACUACUUGAUGCUGGUGAUAACCAAGAUCUUGCUGUUGAAUUGGCUCGGAAUGAGAUUCGACGCAGAGAUGCAAAUAGAAAAGCAAUCAGGCGAACAAAUGUGCCACCUGAAGAAGAGCAGACAAGGCGGACGGCCGGGUUUUGGGAUCAUUGGACUGACGAUUUGGCCAAUAGACAAGCUGAAGAUGAAGAGCUGUUCAGGAGACAGAUGGAGUCUACUAGGAGGGAACUGGAUCGAAGCGAUAUUCCCCAAAAUGAGUCACACCCCCCGGCAAUCCAAGGGCAUUCGAACUAUCGAUAUCCGUCAAUAACCAGGUCUCAACCGAUACAAUACGAAGCUCUGCAGCCAUACCGCAAACCAUCGCCAAGCCCUCAACCUCCACGUCCACCCAAAGAAGGGAUUGUACGGCAACUCGAGCCUAGCCCAAGUUAUGUACCCGCUCCUCUGACACCUGAGCUCCCUGCCGAAGACCCGAUACGCCACGAAAGAAACUUACUCCCUACGCCUCCGCCUAAGGAAUACGACGAUCCGCCGAGACCUCCCAAGGUGCACGAAGAUCCGCCACUACCUCCUAAAAAACAGCAACGGCUCACGUUUAAGCCGGCGGCUUAUCUAGAGAGUGGAGAACCUAUCCGCUCCAUCUUCUUACCCAGUCAAUUACGACGCCAGUUCUUAUCUAUCGCAUCCGAGAACACCAGGCGUGGACUCGAGAUGUGCGGAAUACUGUGCGGUACCGCCGUUAACAACGCGCUGUUCGUGCGUUGCUUGCUUAUUCCCGAGCAGAAUUGUACGUCGGAUACGUGCGAGACGGAAAAUGAGGAGAGCAUGUUUGAGUAUUGCAUGAACGAAGAUCUGCUUGUGCUUGGUUGGAUUCAUACGCAUCCAACCCAAACCUGCUUCAUGAGCUCCAGGGACCUGCACACGCAGUCUGGGUAUCAGGUCAUGCUACCGGAGAGCAUUGCGAUUGUGUGUGCUCCAAAAUUCCAACCUUCGUACGGCAUCUUCCGUUUGACUCAUCCACCGGGCUUGGAUCACAUCCUCAACUGCAAACAAUCAGCCACAUUUCACCCGCAUAGCGUAGACAAUCUCUACACAAAGGCACAGCAUCCACCCGGUCAUGUUUACGAGACCGACAGACUCGAAUUCUACGUACAUGACCUACGUCCGGGUGCUCGCAACAAUACGGUGCAGCAUAAGAACUUCUAGGAUAUGAUUUCUAAGGGAAUAGGUUGUGGUGCUCAAGCCUGCACGGUGUUCAUGUGUGCUCUCCUUUGCUUAUGUCCAUGGUGUACAGAGUGGUUGCUGAGCCGGCAGACAAUGGGUCGAGUUGGAACCAGGGCCAAGGAAGAUUAAUUUCAAGUUUUCAUGUCUUUUACGUUCGAGUCUUCCCUACCUGAUUUACGGGGCAUCGGCGGUCUUGGUACUGCAUAGCAUAGGCGCUCGGAGACUUCGGUUUGUUUGGGACUACAAGGUAGACUUGUAGACUUGUCGGUUGUGGUUGGUCACACCGGACCUUGAGACUUGAUUUUACGUGGUUGGCGAAGGGAUAAUAGAAAGGAAGCAAUUGAAUUACACUGCAACGUGAUUCCAGUCACUCU